AUGUCGCAAGUCCACGCCAUGUCGGACGCUCAGGUCGACCAGGAGCUGAAGAAGAUGACGGCCUUCAUCAAGCAGGAGGCGCUGGAGAAGGCGCGCGAGAUCGAGCUCAAGGCCAACGAGGAGUUCAGCAUCGAGAAGUCCAAGCUGGUGCGCGAGGAGACGGACGCCAUCGACGCCGCCUACGCCAAGAAGUUCAAGCAGGCCUCCAUGACGCAGCAGAUCACGCGCUCCACCGUCGCCAACAAGACCCGCCUCAAGGUCCUGGGCGCCCGCCAGGAGCUGCUCGACGACAUCUUCGAGGCCGCCGGCAAGAAGCUGCCCGGCGGCGCCGGCGACGACAAGAAGCACCAGGCCGUCCUCAAGAACCUGCUGCUCGAGGGCCUCUACGCCCUCGCCGAGCCCGAGGUCCAGGCCCGCGCCCGCGCCAAGGACUACGGCGUCCUGCGCAAGGCCGCCCAGGCCGCCGAGAAGGAGUACAAGGAGAAGACGGGCAAGGACACCAAGGUCGUCAUCGACGAGGACAACGCCCUGCCCGAGGGAAGCGCAGGAGGUAUCUUCAUUGUCGGAGGCCAGGGCAAGAUCGACAUCAACAACACAUUCGAGGAGCGCCUCAACCUGCUACAGUCGUCCGCCCUGCCCGCCGUGCGGAAGGCCCUCUUCGGAGAGAACCCCAACCGCAAGUUCCACGACUAA